AUGAUAAAGAUUGACAUUUGCAUAUUUCUAUUUGCGCUAAUUGCGACAUUUGCUUAUGCUUGUGGACCAUCACCGAAUGGUGGUCGCAAACCUGAUGGCGGUGCAAAACCUUCUGGUGGCGAUGAUGGUAAGGGUGAUGAGCGUCGUGUAGUUGUUACUGAUGUACCUGGUGUUGUCACUGAUGCAGCUGGUGGUACUACUGAGGCAGCAGAUGAAGCUGAGCCUACGACAGAAGAAGAGUCUGAUAGGAAAAAGCGAGAAAUAGAAGCACAAGAAGAAGGGCGAAAAUGCAAAAGUGCUGAAGUAGUAAUAACAACGGAUGAGACUGAAUCACCAGAUGGAGCAUUGGAAACUGCCAAGAAAUUGGAAGCAGAGGUAAUUAAAUCUGCACAACAUAAAUUUGCUAAAACAGUUCGCCGCAUAAAACUUAAAACAUCAAGAGAUGGUGAUAAGCUGAAAUUAAAAUUUGCAGUGGAUGCUGAAUGUGAUACUGUUAGACAUUUUAUUCUCGAUGCUCUAUUUAAGUUGAAAACUAUACAAUCAGCAAAGGUCAAAUGUGAAUGUAAACCUCCCAUUUAUCUUUCCAAGAAUGAUUUUGGCACAGCGAUGAUGAGAGGAUUGAAAAAAGAGCUCAAAAAGGCUGCAAAAAAGGGUACAAAAGAAAUCGCCAAAAAAAUGGAACUUUUAUAA